AUGGGUGACGCUGCGCAGAUUCUGGUCUUUCGAUACUGGAUACACAGAUCUACAGGCUGUGCCGUGUCAAACGGGAGGGACCAGAUUGCAGUGCACCUGCCGAUCGGACAGUUUCAGAUCCGGAAGGUGGACAAGCGUCUGGAACCGUUUAUGCACAAAAGUCAGUGCCAAAAAUCAAGGAUUUAUUGUAGAGACGUGCGACGGACACUACACAUACCCCCACACUCACCGAUGCAGUAG